AUGUCCUCAAACACCCCAACAAUCCUCCUCCUAGGAACAUGCGACACCAAACUCCCAGAACUCCUCUACACAAAAUCCCAAAUCGAAUCCACAAACGCCAAAGUCCUCCUAAUGGACAUCAGCCGCAACCCAACAACCCACGACCAAAUCACCAUCCCCCAAACCGCCCUAACAACCCCCUCAACUCCAAUCCCAGAUCUAACAACCCUCCCCCGAGCCGAGUACAUAACCACCCUGACACCCUACGCCACCAAAAAAGUAACAUCACUCCACGAAUCCCGCCAAAUCCACGGUAUCAUCGGCAUAGGCGGGUCAUGCGGGACAUCACUCGCAGCAGCAGUGAUGCGCGACGCGCUACCGGUUGGAUUCCCCAAACUCCUCGUGUCAACCAUGGCGUCCGGGGAUGUGGGGCCGUAUAUCGGGGAAACGGAUAUCAGCAUGAUGUACAGCGUUGUGGAUAUCGCGGGUCGGAAUCGUGUUUUGGAGGGUGUUCUUGAUAACGCUGCUGGGGGGAUUGCGGGGAUGGCUAGUUCGUUUCUGAAACGGCAAAACGAAAAGAAACAAGAACCAGAGACAUCUUCUGGUGUCAGGAUUGGUAUAUCCAUGUUUGGAGUUACGACGCCUGGUGUUACGCGUGCACGGGAACGUCUCGAGGAGGUGCUGGCUGGUUGUGAGGUUUAUGUUUUUCAUGCUACGGGGUCUGGGGGGAGGGCUUUGGAGAGGCUUGUUAGGGAGGGACAGAUUGAUGCGGUGCUUGAUUUGACGACUACGGAGAUUGCGGAUGAGGUUGUUGGUGGAGUUCUUAGUGCUGGGGCUGGACGGUUGACGGCUGCUACGGAGCGGGAUAUUCCGAGGGUUGUUAGUGUUGGGGCUUGUGAUAUGGUGAAUUUUGGAGGGAUGGGGAGUGUUCCUGGUGGUUUUCGGGAGGGCCGGUUGUUGCAUGAGCAUAAUGCGACUGUUACGCUGAUGCGGACUACUAAGGAGGAGUGUGGAGAGAUUGGGAGGUUUAUAGCGGGGAAUUUGGUGCGGGAUGGAGGACAGUUGAAGCGGACCAAGGUGAUUCUGCCUGUUGGUGGAGUGAGCAUGUUGGAUGUUCCUGGUCAGCCAUUCCAGGAUCCAGAGGCGGAUGAGGUAUUGUUUUCUACUUUGGAGAAGGAAUUGGAGGGGAGUGGGAUAUCAGUCGUGCGAGAUUCGUGUGACAUCAAUGAUCCUGACUUUGCAGUGGUGGUAGCAGAUGAGCUGGUCAAAUUGAUCCGUGGAGAAUAA